AUGGGCGAAGAAGCUGGGGAAGAGUCACGUUGCCCGCCGGAAUCCGCCACAGGAGCUGACGUCGAGAUUUCCGAUGGCUCGAACUCUUGGCCGGUGGUUCGCUACGACGUCCCCCCGUACAGGACCUACCAUUUCUACCGGCAGUUCAGAACUACUGCUUCAAACCCUAACAACUUCCUCAAGGGCGUCAAAUGGUCACCCGAUGGCUCUUGCUUCUUAAGUUGCUCUGACGACAAUAAGCUCCGAGUUUUCAGUUUGCCUUAUGAUGAAACUGGUAGCCUUGCAAACGUUCCUGUGUCGGAUUCUGACUCUUAUGAGGCAAACCUAGUCAUUGGCGAGGGAGAAGCUGUGUAUGACUAUUGCUGGUACCCCUACAUGUCUGCUUCAAGUCCAGAUUCAUGCGUAUUUGCAACGUCUACACGCGACCAUCCUAUUCAUCUUUGGGAUGCCAACUCUGGACAGCUACGCUGCACUUAUCGUGCCUAUGAUGCCGUGGAUGAAAUUACUGCUGCAUUUUCAAUUGGCUUCAACCCUGAUGGGACUAAGAUAUUUGCGGGAUACAACAAAACUAUUAGGAUAUUCGAUGUUCAUCGGCCGGGUAGAGAUUUUGGACAGCAUUCAACUCUUUCAGAAAGCAAAGAAGGGCAGUCAGGCAUUAUAUCUUCAAUUGCUUUUUCUCCGACUAAUUCGGGCAUGUUGGCUGCGGGGUCCUAUAGCCAAACAACUGCCAUAUACAGAGAGGAUAAUAUGGAAUUGCUUUAUGUGUUGCAUGGCCAAGGAGGUGGAGUUACCCAAGUUCAGUUUUCUAAAGAUGGAAAUUAUUUGUACACUGGGGGACGUAAGGAUCCCUAUAUUCUUUGUUGGGAUAUUCGCAAAACCGUCGAUAUUGUUUACAAACUCUAUCGGUCAUCUGAAAGUACCAACCAGAGGAUACAAUUUGAUAUCGAACCUUUUGGUCGAUAUCUUGGAACGGGCGGUCAGGAUGGUUUGGUACAUAUCUAUGAUCUUCAGACGGGGGAGUGGGUAUCCAGCUUUCAAGCCGCAUCAGAUACAAUAAAUGGGGUAUCUUUCCACCCCCUUCUCCCAAUGGCAGCCACAUCUUCAGGACAAAGGCGGUAUGGAGGUUUGGAUGAUGACUCUGAAGAGAAUAAAAACAGCUUGACCGGUGAUGAAAACUGUUUGUCCGUUUGGAGCUUUUAUUCAGACACAGGGGAAGAUGUAGUUUUCGGAAAUGCUGGUGAUUGA